GAUGCUUUUAUAAUUAUGAAAAUGGAUAAUGGAAAGCCUUCAUCAUCCUUAAAUUUACCAUUAAAUGCGGAAGCAACAAGCAGUACAGAUAAUAAUGUAUGUUCAAUUUGUAAAUGUGCUGAUGGAAAAAUUGCAGAAAUUUCGGAUGUAGAUGAACUAAAAAGCAUUAAAAAUCAAAUCAUAGAGCACUCGAGUAUAAUAAAGAAAGUAACACAUGCUUGCUUGAAAUGCCUAUACAAAUUAUACACGUUCAUUGAGCAAAAUCGAAUCGAAGAUUAUAAAAAAUCUCGAAACCAACAACUUUUUGCUGUUGGUGAUUUGAUUGUUGAAACAGGGGGAAUUCGACCUUCAAUCUCAUUAUCAUCAAAUUCAUCCUCCUCUUCGAAUAUUUCAAUAAUUCCUGAUGAUAAAAUAUUCGAAAGAGAGUUUUUUGGAGGAAAAAAUAUAGAAUAUGAAAAUGAUAGUGAUGAAAACAAUAUAGGUAACGAAGAGGCUGAGCCGGAAAACGUUGUUGAAGGAGCAUGCAUUGAAGAUCAUCACUAUCCCAGAAUCAAUUUUGAUCAUUCAUCUCAGUUAGCCAUCUUGUUUGAGCGUUCUGAGUCAGCCUUAGUAUCUGAAUCAGGUGGAAACCCCGAUCAGUACAAACCGCGACCGCAAAGAUGUUUAUACUGUCCAAAAACCUUUGUUAGGCCAAAAAUGUUCAAUAGACACCUUCGUUCACACGAAAGUAAGCUUCGGAGUCGCAGUCGAAGUUCUUCUAAGUUUCGCGCUACUCCAACAAACAUUGUUUUCAAAUGUGACGAUUGUCCCACUACAUUUUCUAGUUCUCAACUGCUAAGGAAGCAUUCGAAAAUUCAUCUCAAGCAACAUAGUUGCAAUUAUUGUCAUCUUUAUUUUUUCACUACUUGUGAACGUGAUAUCCAUCAAGCCGAAUGUUUUGGAAAAGAAAUGGCAAAGACGUCUAUCACGAGACAUUCAACUCGAUCCGUUACUCGAAGUUUGGCCGCGCGAUCACAGUAUUCGCAGUCCGAUAAAAAUCAAGAAUCAAAAAGUCAGUCUCGAUCUAUAUCUAGGAUUUAUUCUACAAGAAAUCCCAUUCAAUCUCUUGGUUAUGACGAUGAAGAUAAUGAUGAUGACGAAGUAUCGGUAUCAUGCUCUGAUCAUUUUAGCCUCGUUCAAAGUUGGGUAAAUAAGACAUGCAAAAUGCUUAGCUCUGAAAUUGUUGGUGAGCCACCAGUUGUUUUAUCUCAAAAGGAAUAUGACAUAGUCAUGCUGGAAAGACUUAUAGAGCAGUCUGAAAUUUAUCAGUACACCUGCACUUUUAUUGGAUGUGAUUAUAUAACAAGCAGCUUAAGAGAUAUGUCCUUCCAUGAAGUAAAAACUCAUAAAUCCAAAACAUACUACAACUGCCCAAAAUGUAAAGGACGUUUCACUUCAAAAUUGUUCCUCGAUUAUCAUUUGUAUAUGCAAAACUAUGGCGAAUAUCAUUGCAAUAAAUGUACAAUGACUUUCAUUUAUGAGUAUAAACUUCAACAUCAUUUACUACAGCACCAACAACAUGAAUCUUUUCCUUGUUUGUAUUGUGAUUCGAGUUAUAUGUCAGAAACAGAGUUACGAAUACACGCAAUUGAAACUGGACAUAAUACAAAAAAGAGAAAAAAGACCAUAUCAAUUGAUCGAUCAAUGACAAUUGCAAAUGAAACCGCUCCUACACCUCUCCCACCAAAAAGAAUGUACCAGUGCAAGGAAAAACUGUUGUAUUUGCCAAAAACGGAAACGAAACGGCCUAUGCAAAUAAUUUGGCCAAAAUACACCAAAAUAUUCUUAGGAGAUUUGGACUUUGAAUAUGAGCCAGGCAGAAAUUGUGCCAGAACUAAUUAAAUAUAAGUAUGUUUAUAAUAUUAUUUUCUUUCCUAUUCUUUUUAUACAUACAUUUAGUAUACCCUUUUUUCUGCAGUGAUGAAUGUAGAUUUCGAUUUUAAAGUGUUUGUAUGUCAUUUUGCUUGAUAAAAAAAACCAACAAAAUAACCAACAAAUCCUUAAUGUUAAAAAAACGUAAGUGUGCGUGUACGCAAAAAGGUUAGAUCUUCUAUCUUAAAAUCUAGAGUAAAUCUGGACUAGUACUAAAGUAACUACGGAGUACAAACCCUUUACCCUUUUGAAUUGAAUUGAAUUUUAUUUAGCUUCAAAAACCAUUUAGAUAUAAUUUUAACAUUUUAUCACUCAAAGCUAAACAAAUUAGAGUUUUUUUCUUAUUUGUAUAAUUUUUUAAAUUAAAAAGUAAAAGUUAAUAAUAUGUAAUGAAAAAUAAAUUAAUAAAUACUUGUAUUUUGUAUAUAUUCAUUCAAUAUUCGUUUGAAAAAAUUGAAA